AGCAAAUUGUGCCUAUUUUCUUUUAAAUUAUAAUAAAAUUGCAAUGCUUUGAUCGCUACUGCCGGGCAAAACGAUAACAACGAUAUAUCAAUAUAUCGAUUUUAAACGGAUCUUCGAUACCUAUGAUAAUAAUUAUAAUAUAUGACUAAAUCUGCAAUAAAAAAGCCCCAGUCGGGCUGAUAUCCAAUAAAACAUUUCACCACUGCACAUAAGCAUAUAAUGGUGGAAAGUACCUGGAACGUCCUUAUCUUAUCGGGCAUGGUGGACACGAGACGACCGCUAAUCAAAAUAUAGAGUAGUGCUAACUCAUAUUAUUGAUAAACAAAGUAAAGGACGGCAGUGAGUUAGUUACACGCGCAUUUAUUGGCGAAGAAUAGAAGCCAAUACUACGGAUAUGUCUGAAUCCGGAAUUAAAAAGCUUAGUCAGGAGAGGACUCGAGAAUGGCUGGCGAGUCAGGCGGCUUCAGCCGAUGAUGAGGAGUUGGAAUCAAUAGCAGAGUCCUCGGUAGUGGACAGUUUGGACUACGAUUAUACUGAAGACGAUGAUAUAGAUCAAAAUACCAGCGAAGAAAUCAGCACCUUGACUCUAGGAACACAAAUCACUGCGAAGAAAGACUCGAUCAUUAGCGAUACAAUAAGGGACCUCAUGAACUCGAUUAACAGCAUUCAGACUUUGGGCAACGUUAACAUCAGCAACUCAACGAACGUGCACAUCGGCAAUGUUACCAAUAUUAAUGGCAAUAUACAAAUCAUAGCCGAUGGCCUUAGCCGAAGAGAUCGCCGACAUGUAUCGCCCUCGAAAGAUAGUGCUCCUAAACCUCAGACACAUUUUGAUGAUGAUUAUCAGGACGAGUCGGAGGAGAGAGUACGGUCGGAUGUAUUUAUUAAGCGCCAAAAAUUUAAAAUACCUAAGGAGCUGUGCUCCAUUAUUCCGAGACAUUCCUGGCUGGCACAAAAGCCCAUGGAAGAUCCGAUGCCUUUGCAGCUCCCCGUUAAAUAUGUUGUAAUCCUACACACUGCUACAGAGAGCUCAGAAAAACGUGCGAUCAACGUAAGACUUAUCCGUGAUAUGCAAUGCUUCCACAUAGAGUCGCGAGGAUGGAACGAUAUUGCCUACAACUUUUUGAUUGGCUGUGAUGGAAACAUUUAUGAGGGUCGUGGUUGGCAAACGGUGGGUGCCCAUACACUAGGAUACAACAAGAUUUCGCUGGGUAUCAGUUUUAUUGGAUGCUUCAUGCGAGAGCUGCCAACGAUGGACGCUUUAAAUAUGUGCCGCAAUCUAUUGGCCCGCGGUGUUGAGGAUGGCCACAUAUCAUCCGACUAUAGACUCAUUUGCCACUGCCAGUGCAAUUCGACGGAAAGUCCUGGCCGGCAAUUAUAUGAGGAGAUACAGACAUGGCCCCACUUUUACAAUAUAGAGGAAGAGGAGGAGGAACAAUAACAAAUACGCUUUUUAUUACAUGACUUAAGUGCACCCGAGUUUCGUUUUACUUGUUAAAAAUUAAAUCACAUUUUUAUAAAUUCGUUGGGAAAUUGAUUCAUGAUGUAUAGGAUUUAAAGGUAUGUAUACAUUUAUUUUAAAUUUUUUGUCAUUUCUCGUUAAGCUAGUUAUGGAGUAAAAGUUUUGUAAAUAAUCUUAAUUUUCUUGCUGGUCUUUAGGUGAUUUCAAUAUUUACAAACCAUCCUCCAAUGAAUGGCCUUUUGCCUCUAAAAAUUUUAUCAAAACUGGCCGUCAAAUUGGUUUCUGCUUAAGUCUAAUGAUUAGUUGUCGGUUAUGAUCCAUAUCCAUCUCCCAGGAAUCCAAUUAUUCAAAAAUGGUGAUGUUUGAAAAUAAUAUUUUGGCAUCUCACAGAAA